AUGAAUAAUUUACUUGCCGGUCUGCGCGUGAUCGAAGGCUCGGCAUUUGUCGCCGCGCCACUCGGCGGUAUGACCCUAGCCCAAAUGGGUGCCGAUGUGAUCCGCUUUGAUCCUAUCGGUGGCGGUCUUGAUGCCCGCCGCUGGCCGUUGGCGGAAAACGGUAGAAGUCUGUAUUGGGCUGGUAUGAAUAAAGCCAAACGUUCGAUCAUGCUUGACAUUCGUCGCCCGGAAGGUCGUGAACUUGGACAAGCACUGAUUACCGCAGCAGGCGAAAAUGCCGGUUUGUUUCUGACUAACUUUCCUGCCACCGGCUGGCUUGAUUACGAUUCGCUGGCACAACGCCGUGGUGACUUAAUUAUGGUCAAUAUCACCGGUAACCGCGACGGCUCGACAGCGGUUGAUUACACGGUCAAUUGCGCUGUCGGCUACCCGUUUAUAACGGGUUCAGGCAAUCCCGAUAGCCCCGUCAAUAAUGUCUUACCGGCCUGGGACAUUGCUACUGGCAUGAGCGCGGCUAUGGGACUGUUGGCUGCUGAACGUCAUCGUCGUUUGCACGGCGAAGGUCAGUAUGUACGCUUGGCGUUGUCCGAUGUCGCUUUAGCCAUGACCGGACAUUUGGGUUAUCUCUCCGAAACCCAACUCAACGGUGUCGAGCGUGACGCCAGUGGCAACGAUGUAUUCGGUGCCUUUGGUCGCGAUUUUCCGACUUCUGAUGGCCGCCGCCUGAUGGUGGUAGCGAUUUCUAAACGCCAAUGGCAAGGUUUAUGCGAAGCAACUGGCUUGGGCGAACGCUUCGCCCAUAUCGAACCGAUGUUAGGCGUAGACCUAAACGACGAAGGUGAUCGCUACAAAGCCCGUGAUGCGAUUGCCGCGGUGCUGGAACCAUGGUGCAAGUCACACACUUUGGCCGAAAUCCGCACCGUCUUCGAUGCCCACGGCGUUUGCUGGGGGCCGUAUCAAAACUUCAGUCAGAUACUUGCCGAAGACCCCCGUUGCGGCGAACCGUUGUUUGAACAAGUCGAGCAACCAGGUAUUGGUACUUACGCGAUGGCCGGACUACCGCACGAAUUUUCCGCCAGCCCACGCCUGCCAGUGAAACCCGCACCGAGUUUGGGUCAACAUACCGAUGAAGUGUUGGCCGAGGUAUUAGGAAUGGCCAGCGCAGAAAUCGGACGCUUACACGAUGCUGGUUUAAUUGCAGGGCCGGAUUGA